GCCUGAAUGCACCCUGAACUCAACCCGGCGAUAAGGCAUAAUCCAGCCGGGAAGGAUACCUGCCGUGGACUGCCCAUCCCCGGAGAGUCUGCCCAUCCGGCGUAUAAGCAACCUUACUAGGGAUUUGGCCACGAUUAUCAGUGUGAAGUGGCUGGAGCUGAGACACUUCUGGAACUCGGCCACUCCACACAGCGCAAGCCACACCUGACCCAACCCAGUAAGCCAUCCAAGCACAAGGAAAUAUGCAACGCCAUGGGUCUGGAAUGGAUGGUUUUCACGGGUAUCCAGACAUAUCAAGUCCUCCUAUCUCCCCUCCUGCCGGACAGGAAGCAGAAGAAGAGCACAACGUCCCCCGAGAAGUCAGCGUCUGAGGAGUGUGCGUCUGAGGAGUCUGAGCCGGACGAAAGUGGAAUCCUUGAGUGUGGCUUCGGAGGAUGGAGUUGCGAAGGCGACGAUCUGGAUGAUGCCCAAGCUUACCUGGAAUGUCUUAUUUGCACCUGGGCGGCUGACUAUACGAUCAGUAACUUUAAUUCCCUUCCAGCUGAUCGGAUCCGGGGCCUGAUCGCGAGCGUGAAGGACUACUGCGCAGUCAAGCGAUUCAGCCAGAUGCUUAAACAGCUUAUCGUGAUCAAGGCGAUCUAUGAGCGUUUUCAUGAACAGCCUUUCGCAUAUUUGGAUGGGAAAAAAGGCUCCGGCGAGGCGGACGAUCCAGAAUUUGCUCAAAAGCUUCAAUACCUGUUCAAGCGAUUCUACGAAACCAACCCCAGAUACGCGGUGCUCUGGAAGUUUCAUACGCAGAGGCUAGCAAACCCCGCUACCCAUGCAGACGCCCCGAAUCUUGAAUUCGGCAAGUAUCAUGCCGAUCGACGCGAGCAAGCGUUGGGCAACUACGCUGAUGAAUUGCUUGACAGCCAGCCCUUGUGCUGGCUCCUGAAAGAGCUACCCGUGACUUCCGACCAGUCCGAAAGAAGACGAGAGGCACCGACAAACCUACUUCGCGAAGGUUGUGAGCUCAUGAUAAAGUGGGAGAUGAUGUACGGUGGGCGGCCCACACUACAUGGUCUAGCUGGGCUCCCAGAUGUUUAUGACAAGAAAUCGAUGAAGCUCGACGCGAGCGCCUGCCGCCCUAACCCAGAGUACUGGGAUCAAGCUCCAAUUCUGCUUGUUACGCUCUCCAGGCUAUCAUAUGAUAACAGUAUCCUACACCAGCGCAUAGGAAAGGUCCACGUAGCUGCUCAGGCGCAUGUCGUGCCUGAAUUCAGGCCCCAUGGGAAGCCUAGGAUGGUGGAGAGGAAGCCGCUCGGAACGGGGACCGAGUCAAAUACCCCCGGAAGAGACGAAGAUAGUCACAUAGGUGAUGAGAGUGACUAUGGGAGUGAAGUGGGUAACGAGGUGGAAGACCAGAGCGAUAUCGUCGAUGCUUUCUUCCGGGCUCAAGGCAUUUCUCCACCUGCAUGCCUCCGGCACAGCUGAGAAAGAGGAGGAGCAAACGCUUUUUAGCCGAUGCCGUCAGGCUGUCUGGUCUGGGAGCUGCUGGAAGCCUGAAGCCGUGUGGCAGUGCAAGAUCCCUCUCAGCGUUUGCAUGCUUGGCUGCAGUGUGCGCUAAGUUCAGAGACAAAGAGUGCACUGUGCAUACCUGUUGUACGACCCAUUGCGAAUCAGGAUGAUGGCGCGCGGGCUGGAUGCUAUUGCCCAGAAGUCAAGCUCAUCCAAGAGAAGCAAACCACGAAGAGUUCGAUAGCGUCCAGCUUAUCACCAUCUCUGCGGUCCGCAAAGGCUUUCAUAUGUUGCCAUGCGUGCACCCUAUUUGGCGACUCACGAAGAUUCCUU